UCAGUAGGACUGGGAAAGUUACUUUUGAUACGUGUGGAUACGUGCGAGAGAUGGCUGGCAACAACGAGCUCUGGGUGCAGUGUUUCACGUGCUGCCUGACGCCACGGCCAACGAGGAACAACAGGCGGAACAGUGGCAGGCCGCAUCAGAGGCUCAGGAUAGACCGGAGCAUGAUCGGCGUGCCCACGAAUUUCAGACACACAGCGCACAUCAGCAGCGGCGACAUCGACAUGUCGAUUGCCCAGCUGGCCGACCUCCAGGCACAAAUGCAGAGGAAGAGUGGUUUUGAUACCGAUUUCAGCGCCAAGGCAUGUUGAGAAUAGCUUCGUCAAUGUCGCAGCAGGAUAUUUAAUACGAUAGCGACAGAGCGAGAGAGCUUUACGAUGUAGCGGAAGGAUGACUGAUGUUUUCUUUUUGAUAUCCAUGUUCCUUACUCGUCUGAUGGACGAGCGCAUUUCUUUCAUAUGAACAAGAUUGCAUUUUGCAAGAUGCUCCGUUAGAGAAUCAAGACAAAUUUAUGUACACUGGACAAGUCUCUGACUUCCAUUUGGAAAGGAAAACUGCCAGAGUUAAUCAUGUUACAGCGUACAAAUAAUCAUUUACGACUUUAUACCUCUAUAUUUUUGACUGGAGACGCAUUGCGUCUAAAAACUUAAUAUUUUAUGAACGUAUUCUAUAAAUCAUGUGCCUUUUUGACGGCGAUCUGACGUUCCUUGCGGAAAAAAAUGUACACAAGAACGAGGAAUGGAUCGUUUUAUUUGUAAAAUUACUUGUAAGAUUUAGAAAAUAUAACGUAGACAUGUUAAUUAGAGUAUAAGUAAACGUAUCACAUAAUAUCACAUAAUAUAAUUCUGUACACGUAAUACUUAUCCUAUUGUCGAAUAUUGUCGCGUAUAUUAAUAAUAAUACAAGAGAGCAUUGGCGAUAUUUAUAAAACGGCAUAGUUCCUUCAUGUGGAGACACCUCCGUUCCUUCGUUAAUCGACAUGAUAUCGAUGUCGCCGAUUGUUCUCGGCUCGCGAAUUCCUUCGUGUAUCAACUUCCUCCACCUUCAUAUUCUGGACACGACAGUGUGGUCCUCCGAUUCAUAGACGUAAUACAAAUAGACCGAGCAUGAGGCACGAUGUCUGAACGUAGAAAGAGAAUGAAGACAGGGAGUAGUUUU